CCCACUCAGUUCUUCCCGUCCUGUUCCUUCCCGUUCCUCGUCUCGCUCUUGUUUUUACUGUAUCAUUUCUCUUUCGCGUGCUCGAUUCGUCGCCGCCUCUUGCAAUCUCUCGCAUUCGGCGUUAGGAAGGGGAAUCGUGUCGAUGCAGCCCGAGAGAGCGAGGGAGGCGGCGGCGGGGCCGUCGGGGGAGGAGGCGAAGGCGGAGGGCGAGGAGCACGAGGCGAUCCUUGAGCGGGCGCAGCGGCUGAUCUCGAAGAUCGUCGAGACCCAGGCGAACCCGAACCCCAGGCACCUCCACGCGUUGGCCACGAUACUAGAGGCUCAAGAAUCCAGAUAUCUUCAGGAAACUGCAAAUUCACCUUUCAACAAUGUUCGGACAUCUCACAAUAUAGGAAAGCUUGGUAACUUAGUGCGGGAUAAUGAUGAAUUUUAUGAGUUGACAUCGUCCAAAUUCCUAACGGAAAGUAGAUUUCCUCCAAGUAUCCGUGCAGCUGCUGCCAGGUUGCUGCUUAGCUGCUCUUCGAGUUGGAUGUAUCCUCAUGUUUUCGAUGAUGCUGUGCUGGACAAUAUUAAAAUCUGGGUGAAUGAGGAUACUCCAGUUUAUGAUGAUGAUUCCAUUUGGAAGCACGAAUUGGGAGAGGAUAAGCCAACAGAUUCUGAAAUGUUGAGGACUUAUGCUACUGGACUUCUGGCUUUAUCAUUACCUAGCAGCAGCCAAGUGGUAGAAGAUAUGUUGACAUCAGGUUUGUCAGCAAAGCUCAUGCGUUAUUUGCGCACACAAAUGUUUGGCGACUCCAGCUCUGGUCAGAGAGAUGUUACUUCUCUUGUUGAGACCAAGCGUGCUUCAGCUUCUAGUUCCACCAAAGAUAGAGAUGAAACAAGAGGUAGAUCAUGUCAGGUUUCUGGUGUUGCUCAUUUGGAAAGUUCUAGGAUUGGAGAUCAAAGGUUAUCAGGUGACCCAACUGCUGAUAAAGGUUCUGUUAAGAAUGAUGGAACCGGACAAGUUUGUGGAGAUGAUACCUGGGGAGAUGGAGGUGAUUCUUUGAAAUCUGAACUAACUGACUCUUCAUCUGAUUUAGUUGGCCCAAACCAGAUGGCAGCAGAAUAUCCUGAUCUUAUUGGUGAUCAAUGGCAGAAUAAGAAUUUGCUAGAUGGAAAGUCAAAAUAUGGCGAAAGAGAUAUUGCUGGCAAAUCAGGCCAAGAUGAUGAUUUAGAUGACAGCAAGGGAGUGGAUCUAUUAAAGCAAGGGUUAAACCAUGGAUUUCCAAGGAGUACAGCGAAAGGAAACAUUAGCGGAGGUACCUUGGAGAAUCUUAGGGCUGCAUCUCAAUCUUCUGGAUUAUACAUAGGAGGAAGUGGUCAACUUUUCGGUGAAAGAAACUUAGCUAAACAUGAAGACAUUGAAAAAGUACUUGAUACAGACAAUAAAUUGAGCAUUUUUUAUUGUGAUGAUCUCGUUAUUGGAAAGGAUAAUGAUGAACGUUUAUUGGAUUGCAAUAUUGGUAAAAAGGACAUAUCUGAAAUGGUGAAGAAAGCAAUAAGAGCAGCUGAAGCUGAAGCCAGAACAGCUAAUGCACCUGAAGAGGCAAUAAAAGCAGCAGGCGAUGCUGCAGCUGAACUUGUCAAGACUGCUGCUACUGAGGCUUGGAAAAGCAAGAAUGAUGAAGAAGCUGUGGUUUCGGCUGCAUCUGAAGCUGCGUCUACUGUUGUAGAUGCUGCUAUAGCAACUGAGAUCUCACGGAAUGCCAACCAACUAAGCAAGGAUAUUAUCGAAUUAAAGACAUUGGAAGACAAAGGUAAUGAAGAGAUAGAAAUCUUUGUCAUAUUGGAAAAUGAGACUCUUGCAAAGCUGAGAGUGAAAUACAGUAUUCGAUGUCUUGGGAUUUUGGGGGAAUAUGUUGAAGCACUGGGACCCAUUCUACAUGAAAAGGGUGUUGAUGUCUGUCUUGCAUUCUUGCAAUGCAGUUUCAAAGAUGAUGAGACUCCUGAUCAAUUGGCAUUGCUAGCUGAAGUUCUCAACCUGAUAUGUGCCUUGGCUGCGCAUCGGAAAUUUUCUGCCUUGUUUGUUGAUCGUGGUGGAAUACAGAAGCUUCUUUCUGUCCGUAGAGUCUUGCAUACCUUUUUUGGUCUUUCAUCAUGCUUGUUUACCAUUGGUUCCCUUCAGGCUAUCAUGGAACGGGUUUGUGCUCUGCCAUCCAAUGUGGUGCAACAGAUAGUUGAGUUAGCACUUCAGCUUCUGGAGUGCCCUCAAGAUCAAGCUAGAAAAAAUGCAGCUAUCUUUUUUGCUGCUGCAUUUGUAUUUAGAGCAAUUCUGGACUCUUUUGAUGUACAAGAAGGCCUGCAUAAAAUGUUAAAUAUUCUGCAUGGUGCUGCAUCUGUUAGAUCAGGUGGAAAUUCUGGCACGGUGGGUAUACCUAUUGUACCUGCUAGAAAUGAUCGAUCAUCUGCUGAAGUACUGACUGCAUCAGAAAAGCAAAUUGCCUAUCACACCUGUGUUGCUUUGCGACAGUAUUUUAGGGCCCACCUUAUUGUGCUUGUUGAUUCUCUUCGUCCAAAUAAAAGUAGUCGUGGAAUAGCCCGAAGUACCUCAAGUGCAAGGGCUUCCUAUAAGCCACUUGAUAUCAGCAAUGAAGCUAUGGAUUCAGUGUUUAUUCAAAUACAGCGUGACAGAAAGCUUGGGCCCGCUUUUGUUAGAGCCCGUUGGCCAUUAGUGGAUAAAUUCUUAGCCUCUAAUGGCCACAUAACAAUGUUGGAGCUGUGUCAGGCACCACCUGUUGAACGCUAUCUUCAUGAUUUGGCCCAGUAUGCAUUAGGGGUUCUCCAUAUUGCCACUUUUGUAAAAGAUAGCCGUAAAUUAAUUAUAAAUGCUACUUUGAGCAACAACCGAGUGGGUAUGGCAGUUAUUCUUGAUGCAGCUAAUGGUGCUGGUUAUGUUGAUCCUGAGGUGAUUCAUCCAGCAUUGAACGUGUUAGUAAAUCUUGUAUGUCCACCUCCUUCAAUCAGCAUCAAACCCUCUGUGUCUGCACAAGGUCAGCAGCCUGUUUCACUUCAAACAUUGAAUGGUCCUUCAGAGAAUAGAGAGAGGCAUUCUGAACGAAAUAACUCAGAUAGUGGUGUUACAUUUACCAUCCAGAAUGAGCCUCGAGAGCGAAUUAUGGAACCUAACCUGGUGGAUAGGGGUAAUGCAGCAGUUCCAGGCUGUAGCUCAAGUACACCUGCACCUGCUAUAUCAGCAGGAGUUGUUGGAGAUCGAAGAAUAUCUUUAGGAUCUGGAUCUGGCUGUGCUGGCCUUGCUGCUCAGUUGGAACAAGGAUAUCGUCAGGCGAGAGAGGCUGUUCGAGCAAACAAUGGCAUAAAGGUUCUUUUGCAUCUUCUGAACCCCCGGAUGAUCACGCCUCCUGCUGCUCUUGAUUGCAUCAGAGCUUUAGCAUGUCGUGUCCUGCUCGGUCUAGCUAGAGAUGAGGCAAUUGCACACAUACUAACAAGACUGCAGGUUGGUAAGAAGCUCUCAGAACUCAUCCGAGAUUUGAGCAGCCAAGCAUCUGGAACUGAGCAAGCAAGGUGGCAGUCUGAGUUGGUCCAGGUUUCCAUUGAGUUGAUUGCUAUUGUAACAAAUUCAGGGCGUGCAAGCACUUUGGCUGCCACUGAUGCUGCUGCUCCUACACUCAGACGCAUUGAGAGAGCAGCAAUAGCUGCAGCAACUCCUAUAACUUACCACUCCAGGGAGCUAUUACUGCUGAUACAUGAACAUCUAGUAGCAUCUGGAUUAAAAGCUACUGCUACCCUGCUACAGAAGGAGGCUAAGUUGACACUUAUGCCAUCAUUAGGAGCACCAACACCACCUUUACACCAAACAAAUGUGCAAGAAGUAUCAUCUGUGCAACUCCAGUGGCCAUCUGGCCGUGCAUCUUGUGGAUUUCUCUCUGAUUUUAUAAAGACAGUUUCUCAAGAGGCUGGUCCAAAGUCUGAUUUAGCUUUGAGUUCUUUUAAAAGGAAACAAUUAGCAUUCUCUCCCAAUUUCUGCCAGGGUAAAGGCCAGCUUUCAUCACAUGCAUCAUCCACCCUUAGAGCGUUUAGUGUUACAAAAUCUGCUGCACCAUGUGGUGGAACAGAAACUCCAUCGGUCUCUGUUUUCAAGUCUACUGCAGAUACAGAAGUAACAUUUAAAACACCAAUUUGUUUACCAAUGAAAAGGAAGUUUUUGGAAUUGAAGGAACCCUCUUCUGCAUCACCAGCUAAGCACCUUUCAACAGAAGACUUCUCUUUCCAGUCUCCAAUAUGUCAGACGCCAUAUUUUGGUCGGAGGAAUUUUGUGACAACAGAUGCAGAAGGGUUGCUGCCCAUUGUAAAUCACAGUCCAAGAGGUGCAUUGAGUAAAACAUCAUGCAGCAACAUUUCUAUAGAUCAUUCAGAUGAUAUUCAAUGUCAAGUCACUCCCGGAGCACCAACAACACCUGUAGCUCAGCUUGGCCUGCCUGGUAACUCACAGUAUGAAAAAACUGAACGGAUGACUCUUGACUCAUUGGUUGUACAAUAUUUAAAGCACCAACAUCGGCAGUGCCCAGCACCUAUUACCACUUUGCCGCCACUUUCUCUCUUGCAACCACAUGUCUGUCCAGAACCUAGCCGUAGUCUUAAUGCACCUGCAAAUAUAACUGCACGGGUUAGUAGCCGAGAGUUCAGGAAAAAAUAUGGUGGGAUUCAUGCUCAUCGUAGAGAUCGCCAAUUUAUAUACAGUAGAUAUAGGCCCUGUCGCACUUGCCGUGCUGAUGCUGCCCUUUUGACAUGUAUUACUUUUCUCGGGGAAUCUUCACGUAUUGCAACGGGAAGUCAUUCUGGUGAGCUGAAAAUAUUUGAUUCUAACAGUGGGAAUUUGUUGGAGAGUCAGACUUGCCACCAGACUUGUGUUACACUAGUUCAAUCAGCCCUAUCUGGUGGAACUCAGUUGGUUCUUUCUUCAGCGUUAUAUGAUGUAAAACUGUGGGAAGCUUCAUCAAUUUCAGGUGGCCCCUUACAUUCAUUUGAAGGGUGUAAGGCUGCUCGUUUUAGCCACUCAGGUACCAGUUUUGCAGCCUUAUCAUCGGACACAUCACGUCGAGAGGUUCUUCUAUAUGAUGUACAAACUUACAAUGUAGAGUUGAGGCUUCCUGAUAGCUCAAGCAACCAUUCAGGCAUGUUUCGGGGACAUGCACAGUCCCUCAUACAUUUUAGCCCAGUGGACAUGAUGAUGCUAUGGAAUGGAAUUUUGUGGGAUAGGAGAAGUUCAAAUGCAAUUCAUCAGUUUGACCAGUUCACCGAUUAUGGUGGUGGUGGGUUUCACCCUGCUGGAAAUGAGGUCAUUAUAAAUUCAGAGGUGUGGGAUCUCCGAAAGUUCAAGCUUUUGAGGACAGUGCCUUCGUUGGAUCAGACUGUGAUUACAUUUAAUGGAGGUGGGGAUGUCAUAUAUGCAAUUUUGCGACGCAACCUAGAAGAGAUUACUUCAGCCAUCAACACACGCCGUGUCCGACACCCACUAUUCCCUGCCUUUCGCACUAUUGAUGCUGCGAAUUACUCUGACAUUGGUACUGUUCAAGUUGACCGUUGCAUCCUCGACUUUGCCACCGAUCCUACUGACACUUUUGUUGGGGUUAUUGCCAUGGAUGAUCAUGAAGAGAUGUUCUCAUCUGCAAGGCUCUAUGAGGUCGGAAGGAAGCGAGCAACCGAUGAUGAUUCAGACCCUGAUGAUGGUGGUGACACAGACGAGGAUGAUGAUGAAAAUGAAUCAGAGGCAGAUAUGGAUUCGAUCUUUGAUGCUGACUUAGCUGGCGAUGGUGACACUGAUUCAGACGAUAUGAGUAAUGAGGAUGAUGAAGAUAUUGACAGCGUGGACGAGCUAGAUGAUGGCGACUUAAAUGAAGAUGAGCUAGACUUUGAGGGUGGUCAAGGGUUGCUCGAGAUCAUGGCCGAGGGUGAUGAGGAUGUUGAGGACAGUGAAGUCAUGGAGUCGUUCAGCAGCGGAGAGGAAGAGGAUUUUGCUGGUCAUGGUUUUGCCUUAUGAACUCUGUGCCAUCACAUGAUCAGACGGGCUUAUGAGAUAGAUACCUGCAUAAGUUCAUCUUCUCUCCUUGGGACAGUCGAAAACAGAAAUUUCAUGGCAAACCAGCAAAACGAUAUAAUGGAUUGAAAUCAAGGGUCCUUCGGUCCGUGGUAAACAAUAAUCACCCGUUAUGCAAUUUUUAUGAUAUUUGUCCUAUUUAUGUUAUUACCUUCUUUGGUAUUGAGAUAUCCCUCAAUUUUUGUUGAAAUUUGUGACACCUUUUGUGAAGAUUAAGUGCAGGAUGCAAAAGAUCAAGUGAUUGACCUAUGGAUUCCUCGAGCAAUGUGCAUAGCAAACAAAUGUGCCACAGUUCAAAAUUCACUCGGAAGGGAAUUGACAGUGUCGUGUACUGAAUCAUCCUCAGAUAUCAAACAUGAUAUCUGGCAUCGCUUCAAGCUUCAUAUGUUGUUUGAGACCCUGUGUUUCCGGUGGAACGGGGACAUUGGCAUCGAGUCAUUGCUUGCGAGAGAAGCAAAGGCGACAAACAUGUCGAUUUUUUAACCUUUGCUUGAUGCUAUCCGCCUCUCAUAAACUCAAAACAGGUGGCAACAAAACACGCUCUUGCGCACUUGGAUUAGCAUUUAGUUGGGUGAUCGUGUUUAUCCAGUAAUUCUUAUUGCACAUACAAAUGUUGAACAUUUUGCUAUGCCUGCUGAAUUGAUUAUUCUUCCAACAGAGCCUUUUUAUUUA